AUGGCAUUUUGGAUUUUUUCAUGGACCGCAUGGAUUUCAUGGGUUUUCUCUAUUAUUCUUAUCUCGGCCAUAAAUUGGGAUGAUGAGAUUAUUGCUACUUCAGAAGAAUUAAGUCUUUCUCAUGAUGGUCCAUUAUGGACUUAUUUUGGUAAUAAAGCUGAAAAUGUUUCAAUCUUCCAUUCCCGUGAAUAUAUUCAAGAACGCGUGGGCAAGCUCAAAGAUGUUGAUCCGGGAAGAAUUUUCAACCAUAAUUAUUUAUCUAUGACGGCUUGGCUAAAGGAAUAUGCUGCAAAAUAUCCAAACAUAACGUGGUUAUAUUCAAUUGGUGAAAGUGUGAGGAACAAAACGUUAUGGGUAUUGGCCAUUUCAAAAAGUCCUCGGAUCCAUAGGCUUGGUGUUCCAGAGAUCAAAUUUGUUGCUAAUAUGCAUGGAAAUGAAGUUGUAGGCCGCGAGGUAAUGCUCUAUCUUAUUGCGUUGUUGUGUGAGAAUUAUGGAAAGAACCGAUAUCUGACGAAUUUAGUAAAUAACGUACGAAUUCAUAUUAUGCCUUCAAUAAAUCCAGAUGGUUAUGAAAUGGGAAACGAAGGUGAUCGUUCUGGAUUUACUGGUCGUUCAAAUGAUCACGGUGUCGACCUUAAUCGGAAUUUCCCAGCACGUUUUCCUUCACAUCGAGAAAUAUCUGGAGGAGUGUUUCUUGAAAAAGAAACGUUGGCAGCAAUUAAAUGGUUCCAGCAGUAUCCAUUUGUCCUUUCUGCUAAUUUCCAUGGAGGUUCGUUAGUAGCUAAUUAUCCUUACGAUGAUUCAACGACAGGGCAGGACAAUAUUUAUUCGCCAACUGCAGAUGACCGUCUUUUUGUAGCUUUAGCAUAUUCCUAUGCUCGAGCACAUUCUAAUAUGUGGAAAACUGGCCGAAGAUGUGGAUUGAAUGUUGAUGGUGAUUUCUUUUUGAAUGGUAUUACAAAUGGUGCACUGUGGUAUCAUAUAGCUGGUGGAAUGCAAGAUUGGCAGUAUGUCAAUACAAAUUGCUUGGAAAUUACAGUAGAGAUGAGUUGUUACAAAUUUCCUAGAAAAAGUAUGUUGCCGCAACUAUGGAAUGAACAUAAGUAUUCACUUCUUGCAUACAUGGAGUACAUACAUCGAGGAAUAAAAGGAUUUGUACUUGAUCAGAAGGGAUAUCCAAUAAAAAAUGCCGUAUUAUCGAUUAAUCAGGGAAAGAGUAUCGCAACAACGGAUGAAGGCGAAUUCUGGCGAAUUCUGCUGCCUGGUACAUACACGGUGUUGGUUAGUCAUCGAAAGUAUCUACCAAAAAUUUUCAAUAUAACCGUAGAUGAAGGAUCUGCAAAACUUGUCAAUAUCACUUUGGAGCAGAAACUCUGCAGAGAAAACAUUGAUGGUGUUCGUAUAAGGGGAGAAGGAGCAGUACGUAUUGCGGUGUUUGGUGUCGAUUCAUUGGGGUUGUCGAUCGUUCAGGAAUUAGGAAAUGCUACCUGCUUACCGGAGGAUUUAUUUGUUCCAAUACUUCGGCAAUCUACCUUACAUUUGCUGCCGUCAUUGUCAGCAGAACAUGUUCUUUACUUGAAGGAUCAUGAACUAGAUGUGUUAUUAUUGUUUGGACAAGGAUUACCAAAAUCAACUAUAUUUAGUGCCGGGAUUAAUACUCCUAGUCAGUUCGAUCAAAAGAAAUUUGAUGAUAGUUUAAUGGUUUGCAUGCCGAGAAUUAAUUCUUACCCCAAAAUGACUUUCUUUAUUAAACAAUUUUGUUUUUGCGGUACGCUGGAUAAUAAAACAAUUGGCUGUGCUAAUCAUAUGCUGGACAAUACAGUUUCAUCGAUGAUUGAUACGUUAAAUAUAAUGAAAACAUUUCAACUCGGUGUUUCGUUAGGUUGUGACUUCAGUCGGCCAGAACUAACACUUGCGACCGUUGCUGCUGUUCUACAGAUUGUAAUAAAUGUUUUUGCUGGUGUGAAAAAUCUUGUAACAGAAUAUUCGGCGACACCACCUAUAUAUUUGGCAGAUUACUUUUUACCAGUGAAGACAACUGAAGCAAAUAGUGCUAACCUACAGCGUAUCGAAGAAAAGAAUUGCGCUUCGAUAAUUAAUAUUGGUUUGAUGAAAGCUAUAGUAUUCGGCAAUGGCCGUAUGCCGCAUACUCUUGUGAUGGCUGUUGAACAGAAGACGUCAUCGAUGGUUUAUGAAUUUGCAGCGGAUCUUUGCGCAGAAUCAUUACAAAAUCGAAUUAUACCUGAACUACUGAAUACAUCAACGCUAAUUUUAAUUCCAACUAUACCAUAUAAACAGCUAUACUGUCAUGAUUAUAUGUCAGUGAUGCAGUUUAAACCAUUCGUUGAACAAGUUUUGGGUAUUUACCCUCUUAUCGAUUAUGCUAUACUGUUAGGUACAGGUGGGAUGAAAGUGCGCUACACCGAUGUCUCCAGACUGGGAAGAGCGAAAGAUUUGGCAUUCAAUUAUGUUUCCCUUCAUUCACUAAUCAGACCAACUGGAGGUGAAAUAUGUAAUAGGAAUGAUUUUAUACGGCAGUCAACUGUAAGUGAACUCCACUGGCGUAUGGAAGAGUGGCAAAAGGCACCGGAUAUUCUGCUUGUGCAGGCAGCUUGUUGUUAUGAAGAACACGGAUCGGGACAUCUUUAUGCAGAUAAUAAGGUCUCACUCAUAUCGACUCUUUUUAAGAGAGUACAAGGUUUAUCGGGUACUAUCAGAGGAAUCUAUGGUAAGCCAGUGAAGGCACCGGUAAAGUUAACAGUUGGUAGUUUCGUUUUUUAUACGAAACAUGAUGGUUAUUAUUAUAUUUGGUUAUCACCUGGAAUUCACACCGUUGAUGUAUACAAGGAGAAUUAUCAUCCGUACACUUUCUCCACUAAAAUUGUUUUAUCCAAGCAGACGAUACAUGAUAUAUUACUGACAGAAUCUUCCUCAUUUUCUUCACUUUUCAAGAGAGAAAAUUUUUUUAUUUCAUUCACAGCAUUUUGCAUUUUGGUACUCGUCUUUAUUGGUUUAUGCCGAUUAAACAUUGUGUAUAGAGCGAAAUCGACAAAACGAUGGGGAGAUGGCUUCGAGCGCCUUCCUCUGAAUGAUUUCGAUUCUAAUGUAUCCGAUGAUGAUGAUAAUUGUUCUUGA